UAAUCCUCACUCCACCUUAACCAUGGCUCAUCUAGUCACCAAAUCCAUCUUGUUUUGCUCUCUUCUCACAGUAACGAUGCUUGUCACACCCUCCAAAUUCCUAAGCUACCACAUUGUCCUCUCACUAAUUCCCAUUAUUGCCUACUUCUUCUAUUCCAUUUCCACUUCCUCUAAUCUUCCUCCUGGCCCGCUCUCCCUCCCAAUCUUUGGCAACUGGCUCCAAUUUGGCAAUGACCUCAACCACCGCCUUCUCGCAACCAUGUCACAAAACUAUGGUCCCAUAUUCCUCCUCAAACUUGGCUCCAAAAACCUGGCUGUGGUUUCGGACCCCGAGCUAGCAACUCAAGUCCUCCACAGCCAGGGAGUAGAGUUUGGCUCUCGUCCUCGCAACGUUGUCUUCGACAUUUUUACUGGCAAUGGCCAGGACAUGGUGUUCACAGCGUAUGGUGAUCAUUGGCGCAAAAUGCGCCGGAUCAUGACACUACCAUUUUUUACCAACAAAGUUGUGCAACAUUAUAGCAACAUGUGGGAGGAGGAAAUGGACCAAGUUGUGAAUGAUCUGAAGAAAGACGAGGGAGUGAAGACUAAAGGGAUAGUCAUUAGGAAACGCUUGCAACUGAUGCUGUACAACAUUAUGUAUAGGAUGAUGUUUGAUGCCAAGUUUGAAUCACAAGAGGACCCGUUGUUCGUUGAUGCUACCCGGUUUAACUCCGAAAGAAGCCGGUUGGCUCAGAGCUUCGAGUAUAACUACGGUGAUUUCAUUCCAUUGCUCAGACCAUUUCUAAGAGGGUACUUGAACAAGUGCAGGGACCUGCAAACUAGGCGGCUGGCCUUUUUCAAUAACUUUUUUGUUGAGAAAAGAAGGCAAAUUAUGGCUGCCAAUGGAGAGAAGCACAAGAUAAGUUGUGCCAUAGAUCACAUAAUAGAUGCUAAAAUGAAGGGUGAGAUCAGUGAAGAAAAUGUGCUCUACAUUGUUGAGAACAUUAACGUUGCAGCAAUAGAGACAACCCUAUGGUCCAUGGAAUGGGCAAUAGCUGAGCUGGUCAACCAUCCUACUGUUCAAUGCAAGAUCCGCGAUGAAAUCUCAACCGUCCUUAAAGGAGCUCCAGUAACAGAAUCCAACCUACAUGAAUUACCUUACUUGCAAGCGACGGUAAAAGAGACAUUAAGAUUGCACACCCCAAUACCUUUGUUGGUACCCCAUAUGAACCUUGAAGAAGCAAAGCUAGGGGGUUAUACCAUCCCCAGAGAGUCGAAGGUGGUUGUCAAUGCAUGGUGGCUAGCCAACAACCCUGCGUGGUGGAAAAACCCAGAGGAGUUCCGGCCAGAGCGGUUCUUCAAAGAAGAACUUGGCACAGAGGCUGUGGCUGGUGGUAAGGUCGAUUUUAGAUAUGUGCCAUUUGGUAUGGGAAGGAGGAGUUGUCCAGGGAUCAUACUUGCACUGCCAAUCCUAGGGCUUGUGAUUGCCAAACUGGUGUCAAAUUUUGAGAUGAAGGCUCCACAUGGGGUGGAGAAGAUUGAUGUGAGUGAAAAAGGAGGGCAGUUCAGCUUACACAUAGCAAACCAUUCGACUGUUGUGUUCAACCAACUUGUGGCAUAAUUUCCAAAUUGGUUUCAUGAAACAAAGUGUUCUAUUUGAAAAACUAUUUAUCAAUACCUUGUCCCUUAAUUUCUGCCCAGAUAUUACUACAUAUCAAUUUUCAUUUCCAUAAUUAAUUUCAAUUUCUUUAAAAAAGAAAUAUUAGCAUUGCUAUAAAGCAUAUUUUUGUACCAAUUGGAUGGAAAAGAAAAAUUCAGAUAGUAGUGAAGUACAAGUGAUUAAACUGAUAAUGAGCUCCUGAAUUAGAAUAAUAUAAUGAAAAGUUCGAUGAAUAUGCUCCAAUCAUGCUCCCUAUCUCGCUCCUAAAAGUAACUUCGAGUCUAUCUUGAUACCACAUUCGAUAAUAGUCUCAUGAAAUAACAUUCUGGUCACUUGUAAAGACAUUGACUUCAAUUAUGAUCCAGUCACUUCUAAAUAACAUGAGAAGGGGAAGCAUGAUUGGAGCUGAUCUUGAAAGGAAAUUGAAGAUGACCAAAUAAAAACCAACUCAAGAAGGGGUUGAGGGGUUAACACAAGCAUUUAAUUCAACUAUUGCAGCACCCCUUUAAUUUCAUUGAUGUUUCUGGGUAUAUUACUCCACAUAGUCUCGGAUUUCAAUGUAUGAGACGUGGAUUAAGAUGAGAACAAGGGGGGAAAAAACUUGUAGGCCAUUCCAAGAGAGUUGAUGUAUUAAGUCAGACGGCAACCAAGCAUCGCUAGUGAAACCUUUGUUUCCAGCAUAAACAUGACGGGCCUGCAGGAAGAAUUCUACAGAUAAAGGGAAUUUGCAAACAUGAUACCUCGGCGAAGGCUUUCACUUGCUGCUUCAAAUUUCUUCUCUAAAUCAACUUCUCCAACAGCAUUAGCAGCAGUGCGUAA